GCAGCAGCGGCGGCGGCGGCGGCGGCGGCGGCGGAGGCGCCCGGUCCCGGCCGCGCGAAGGGGACAUGUGCAGGCUGGGCUAGGAGCCGCCGCCUCCCCCCCCGCCCAGCGAUGUAUUCAGCGCCCUCCGCCUGCACUUGCCUGUGUUUACACUUCCUGCUGCUGUGCUUCCAGGUACAGGUGCUGGUGGCCGAGGAGAACGUGGACUUCCGCAUCCACGUGGAGAACCAGACGCGGGCUCGGGACGAUGUGAGCCGUAAGCAGCUGCGGCUGUACCAGCUGUACAGCCGGACCAGCGGGAAGCACAUUCAGGUCCUGGGCCGUAGGAUCAGCGCCCGCGGCGAGGACGGGGACAAGUAUGCCCAGCUCCUAGUGGAGACAGAUACCUUCGGUAGUCAAGUCCGGAUCAAGGGCAAGGAGACGGAAUUCUACCUGUGUAUGAACCGGAAAGGCAAGCUUGUGGGGAAGCCCGAUGGCACCAGCAAAGAGUGUGUGUUCAUCGAGAAGGUCCUGGAGAACAACUACACAGCCCUGAUGUCGGCCAAGUACUCUGGCUGGUACGUGGGCUUCACCAAGAAGGGGCGGCCACGGAAGGGCCCCAAGACCCGGGAGAACCAGCAGGACGUCCACUUCAUGAAGCGCUACCCCAAGGGACAGGCAGAGCUGCAGAAGCCCUUCAAGUACACCACAGUGACCAAGCGGUCCCGGCGGAUCCGCCCCACACACCCCGGCUAGGCUGGCCCCGCUGUGGCCCCGCCAGGCUUCCCCAGCCCACACUCACACUCACAGAGAACUGCAAUCAGAGGAAUAUUUUUACACGAAAAAUAAGGAAGAAUUUCUAUUUUUGUAUAUUGUGUUUAAAAGAAGACAAAAAACUGAACCAAAAUUCUUGGGGGAGGGGAGCGAUAAGGAUUUUAUUGUUGACUUGAAACUCCCUAUGACAAAAGACUCACACCAAGGGACUGUUGUCAACACACAGGUGCUUGUGUCUCUCUAGGAACAGACAACUCUAAACUUGUCCCCAGAGGAGGACUUGAAUGAGGAAAACGACACUCUGAGAAACCAAAGUCCUUUUUCCCA